AUGCGUUCAUUAGGAUUAAAUCCAACGAAUAAAGAAAUUGCUGACCUAAUUGCUGAAGUAGAUAAAAAUGGUAAUCAAAAUUUAGAUUUUCAAGAGUUUGUGGCAUUUAUGAACAAACAUUGGAAUGAAGGUGAUCAAGAAGCUGAAUUGCGUGAAGCAUUUCGACUUUUUGAUCGAGAUAAUUCAGGUUAUAUAACUAUCAAUGAAUUAAAAGAGGUCAUGCUUAAUAUGGGUGAAAAACUCAAUCAAGAAGAAUUAGAAGAUAUGAUGAGAGAGGCUGAUGUAAAUAAAGAUGGUAAAUUAGAUUAUGAAGGUAAUUUAAUCUUAUUACUUAGUUUUAAUUUACGUUUGAACGAUGUAAUUAAUUUUCUAUUAUAG